CUUUCAUUUUUGCAGGGAUUGAUCAAAUAUAAAAAUGUCGAAGGGAACUACCGGCAACAAGCGCUCUGCCCUCGCUGAGGUCGUGACCCGCGAGUACACCAUCCACAUGCACAAGCGUGUGUUUGGCGCCACCUUCAAGAACCGCACCCCGCGCGCGGUCAAGGAGAUCCGCAAGUUCGCUCAGAAGGCCAUGGGUACCUCGGACGUUCGCCUGGAUCAGCAGCUCAACAAGGCUCUGUGGGCCCGCGGCGUCAAGGCCGUCCCCCACCGCGUCCGUGUCCGCCUGUCGCGCCGCCGUAACGACGACGAGGAGGCCGCCGAGAAGCUCUACACCUACGUGACCUACGUCCCGACCGCCGACUUCAAGGGUCUGCAGACCCAGACUGUCGACGAGUAAAGAAAAAUUGCUGGAUUUUGAAAAAUCAAUAUUUUUGGUUAUUCUGUUCC